UAUAGUUUUAUUAUUUGUGCGGUAUAAGAUUGAUUUCAAAAAUGAAGUUACUUGUUUUGUGUUUUAUUGUUAUUGCUAAUGUGACCUAUAAUAGCAAAGCAUCUAUUGAAAAUAUUGAUCCAGAGAACAAGAACAUUUUGCUUACGGACACAACAAAAAAUUCAGAUAAAUCGUGUUACCGACCUUGCAAGUUCAACGUGAAACCAAGGCGAUGUCAAUAUAAUUUCAAAAUAGAGCCAACAGUGGGAGAUGACGGAAGGCCGGCGCUACUCAUCAAUGACAUGACACCCGGCCCACCGAUACACGUCUGUGUCAAUGACAUUGUUAUAGUCAAAGUACACAACAAAGUUCCAGGUCAAGACAUGACUAUACAUUGGCAUGGGGUAGAGCAGAAAGGUACGCCGUAUAUGGACGGUGUACCAAUGAUCACUCAGUGUCCUAUAGGAUUCGCCUCUACCUAUGAAUACGCUUUUAUCGCGUCAUCACCUGGAACAUUCUUCUAUCACGCUGAUUCAGUGUCUCAUCAAAGUGAUGGCGUGUACGGCUCCCUGAUAGUAGAUCAACCCCAACCUUUAGAACCACAUUCGUCGUUAUACGAUUUUGAUAAAACCAAAGAACAUACUUUGAUAUUAGCAGCAAGAUUUCCAGAACUUUUGUCGGGAAAUUUAGAUGUAAAAGAAUUGAAACCUGAUCUAUUAUUAAUUAAUGGAGAAGAAAAGAGUACGAAAAUUUUUGUCAUACCUGGGUACACUUAUCGACUGAGAUUGAUAAAUGCUGUAGCGUUUGAAUGCCCCCUGAUAGUUGACAUCGAGCAACAUAACAUGAUAGUUAUCGCUAGCGACAGCAAAUCGGUGAAAUCAAUGUCUGCAGAUAAAGUGAAGCUUUAUCCAGGAGAGCGCAUGGACGUUGUGGUGGAAGCAGUCCAUAAGAACGGUGGCUACUGGGUCAAUGUGCGCGGUAGUAAUACUUGCGAUGGCUUGACAGCACACGGCAUGCUUCUCUACUCCGGGUUCAACUAUACGUCACUAUUGGAACAAGGUCCGGGAGGAAAGAAACCAAACAGUGACGAACUUUCUAAUAACGAAAAGAUAAUAAGUGGCCAAAAUUUAUUGUCUCUACAAGAAGAAAACCUUAGUAAAGAUGUUAAAACGAUAUAUUUGGGGGUCGACAGACAUGUGAUACCGUUUCAUGAUGAAGAUAAUGAUUACAGAUAUCUAAGUGACGCUACAGCAAAGAAAAACUUUUAUCCUGCAGCUGUUUCAUUACAUGAAAGAGGUGUGGUACAAAUAAAUAACAAAAAUUUCCUUUACCCAAAUGAACUGUACCUACUAAAACCUCGCAGCAUAAAACCUGAUGUUAUUUGUAACGUUGGCGAUGAGAUGAUGAACAAGCAACUUCAGUGUUUACAAGUUUUGAAAAUAGCUGACAAGAAAAUUGUAGAACUGGCCAUUGUAAAUGAAGGUUCUGGAAGCAAUGACUCUUACACAUUUAACAUGCAUGGUUAUUCAAUGAAAGUUGUGGCCACUGGCCAGACUAAAGAUGGUAAACCAAUUUCAAAAUCAGAGUUCCAAUUACUUGAUAAAAGAGGAAAAAUUGAGAGAAAUUUAAGAAAUCCUCCAAUGAAAGAUACAUUCACAGUACCUAACAAAGGGUACACAAUAGUAAGGUUAAAUGCCGCUAGAGGGGGCAGUUGGAUGUUAGAAUGCAGAUCCUGUGGCUUCUCAUUACCUGUCGCCAUACUCAUCGAUGUUCCAGUGACCAUUCCUAAAGCUGUCGUUGACGUUUUACCUAAAUGUGGUAGUUAUAAACCAGCUGAUGUGCUCUUAAAUUAAAUAACGAUAAUAGACUGAAUAUAAAUGUAAUUCAACUUAUUGUAAGAAAUAAUAAAAUCUAUAAGAGAAAUAUACUUGGA